UGAUUGCUACUGUUUGGGUGAGACUCUCCACUACACUCAAAUUGCUUGCUUACUCACGCUUCCUCGUGCUCCUGCGUUCUUUCACAUUGUGUUUUGGAGAGCUUUGUGUGGAUGGUUUUCUGGAGCAUCGUUGUUUGUGGGGGCACGGUAUCGAAUGUGGUUUCUUGUCUUUCACCGGGCUGCUGUGGUACUCGCUUUUUGUGCUGUGCUCAGGCUGGCGAUUUCUGAGAGUUGAUCAUCGGAGAUUUGUGAACUUGUAAUUGGUGGUAUUUGCCUUACCGCGGGUCCGGGGGUGUUUUGAAGAGAUGAAAGGUUUUCAGGGACUGGCUACACCAAUUCAGGUCGUGAAGAUGGCAUCCCUGCGUAUACCGACUGCUAUUGCGCAGACAAACAUCUUACGGCACAUGCACAAAACCUGCACCGACUGUUCACUCACCUCGUUAGACCAACAUGGAAUUGGAUUCGCCGCACCAUCCCCGAAUCUCAGCGCAAUUGGCGUUCGUAACUUCAUUUGCCACUGUUGGCUGGUGAACUGCCGUUGCGAGUUCGUACUACUGUUAUUUUCGAUUUUGUUUUUGUUUGUUUUAGAAGUUUAAGUGGGACUAACUCUAAGGGUUUCACCGACAUUGCAUGCACAGACUCCGAGAGGGCGACUACCUAUUGUCCGAGCAGGUGGAUGUCCGUUCGGGUUCAAGAACACUACGGGCAAAGGAUCAAACCGAGAAUCUUCGAUGGAAACGAACGUUACUGCGACAGCGAGCUCACCCGUGGACUCACCAUACGCUCCAUCGCCAUCUGCUGAUGCACCAGAUGAAGUGAAUCUCGGACCCGGAACAUUUGAGUACUUGCCAUUGACCGUGCCGUUAAGAAUGACGAUGGGCACGGAGCCUCUGAACAUGAAGGACUGAAUUGAGAUCGACGUUUUCUACGAUGAGGAGAUGGCCCUUCGACGGGAGAUUUUAGGAACCCGUAAAGAUGUUUCUCUUGUCAGGUGCCCAGAGACUACGGAAGCAAACUGGGAACUUCUGGAGAUGCUUGCCGACUUUCUUCCAUGUGCGAUUUCCUGAUCGAUUUUGUCGAGACGGCGGCAUGCUGUUCAACCUAACGUCAGGAGAGAAGUUCAAUGUUUAUGACAAGUCGCUUAAUCCUCUAGAAGUCAUGUCGCGUGUCGUUCAGGAACACAUAUGCUUGCUGAUGAAUGUGAAUGGUACAUUGAGGCUUGUCUCAGGCGCCGUGCUGUUCCCCCAACGGUGGCAGCUGCUUGAGAAGAUGGGUAUGGACAUUGCCUCCAUUCACAUGUCAGUGCCUUUGCUUGCGAACGAAAUUGGAUCAGCCGUGUAUCAGUUCUUUACCCGCUUGAAAGUGGGCAAACCUGUGUGGCGUGCCAAUUGGGCCAUUGUGGACGACCCCACUCUAUUUCAAUCUCUGAACGAGGAGGACAUCUAUGCUGCCAUACAAGGGAAAAAGAGACGCACCUUCGACUCCACUGCCCACAGGGGUACUGUGAGCUCUCAGCUAUUUACACGAUGCGAGCGAGAGACGCUAAUGAAGCUUCCGAGGUCAGGGGCCAUUGUUUUCACAAUUCGGACCUACAUCAGACCAUUGUCGGUCUUCAAAAUCGAUCCAUUCUGGCACAGCAGAUGGUGCAAGCUCUGGAGGCUCUUCCAGACUCCAUCACCAGAUACAAGUCAAUGACAGGCUUCUACGAUGCUGCUCUCGAUUACUUCCGGGAAUGUGCCAACCAACCCCCCGAAUCAUAACUUACGACUUUUAUCAAUCGCUGUUUCCGUGUUGGUGACCUUGAAGACCAUCGGCCCUUUACUCGCUAAGGAUGCCUAUUCCACAAGACAGACACAAGUUGUGAUGGAGCGAUCCAAGGGUUGUAUCUCAAUCUGUUAAGCUUUUUUUAUGUACUGAUUGGGAUUCUGGAGUACCUACAUAUAAUAAUUUAUCUAUCAUCAGCGUCGCAGUCGAAGGCUACGUCGUAGCGAUUGUUCCAAGCAAAUAUCUGGAGGUCAGCUAGAGCAAAAGAUGAAUCUGAAGCCUCCCCAGACUUCAUCAAUUUGGUGACAUCAUUUACAGUGGAAAUUAGUUUAAUUGUUCGUGUUCAUGAGCACAAACCUCCUCAGCACUCUCAAACCCAGUGGGUGGUGACAACAACGUGCAGUGACAAUUAGUCCCCAAUUAGUGGAUGUUGGUGGCAAGCAUUGCCAUUCGUGCAGACAAGAAUUAGACACAAGUUGGCGACAGCUUUGUACAAAUGUAGUUAUAUGUAAUGGAUCCGUUAGUAGCUUAUGAUAUGAUUAAUUUGUUAAUCUGCGUCUGCAGCAGUUAUGUUGAAUUAGCAACACUCAACAUUGCCAUCCUUGCUAUGCCUCAGUAACUUGAAGCAAGGGCUACUGAUGAUACUCGUCAGUCACUGGCAUGUGCUUGCUCAGAGAAGAUGCUAUUUGGGUGGUGACAUUUUCCAGGGAAUACUCAGUACGCAGUAGUUCCAGUGUUCCUAAAAUGAUGAACCAUAUUGUUCUCGCCCA